ACAUUGAUUUCUUAAGUUUUUUUUAUGAUAAACAAAUUUCUUGAUUUUCGUGGUGUAAUUAGGAGAAUGGAGCUUAAAGCCACUGGUUCACGAUUUUCGAGAAAAAUAUUUUUCAUUUUUGAUGUUAAACAUUAAAAAUAUAACUCAUUUAAUGUUGACAGCCAAAAUUUUGACUUUCUGAAUGCACGAAUAAAAGCAAUAUUUUAACCUUAAAUCUGUGUUAUGUAAACAAAGACUCGAGUUUUUUAAUAUAUACAAACAAACCGGUGAAACAAUAACUUUGUAAUAUAAAGCAGAGUCACAAAUUUUAAUUUUUAGAUGACACAUUUUACCCAAAGAAUGCUUGAAAUGUGAAAGAUAUGAUUAACUUUGAUCAAUAUCCAUUUCUUUUGAAAAUUUCCUAAACAAUAGCAUACCACAAUCUUUGUUUACAAAACAAAUAAUAAACUCCCUAAAACCAGCUUCUGUGAUAGUGUAUAACCUUAAUUUUUAUAUGAUAUCUUUUAAACAUAUUAGACAGUAUAUUUUGAUCAUUAAAAGUGAAAAACAAACGUUUUGGGAAAAUCGUGAAUCAGUCCCUUUAAAGGAUAACGUGGACAUUUCACUAUUGAUAAAUUGAUUUUAUAUUCUUUAACGUCCCUCUCGAAAAUUUUUCACCCAUAUGGAGACGACACCAUUGUUGAUGAAGGACUGCAAAUUUUAGGCAUAAACUCGGAGAUUACGGCCUUUGAGAAGGGAGGAAUUUCUAUCGUUUGGCACCUGCUGUGAUACGGGGCCUCGGUUUUUGCGAACUCAUCCGAAGGACCGCCCCAUUUUGCCACUUCCUACAACAAGCAAGGGGUACUGAGGAACUAUUCUAAACAGGAGUCCCUAUGAAUUCAUAAACAAAAGAAAUGGGGUUUUGACUAUGAAAUAUGAUACCCAUAAAAAUUGAUUGAACCACGGUGUCAAGUAAUAACCGAUCUUUAAAAUGCACUAAUUUAUUUGUUGUAAUAAUCGAUCUAUAAAAUGUACUAAUUCAUUUGUUAUAAAAUUCUUUAUCAAUUGAGAAGUGUUGUUCAUAGGUUACACUUCGUUGCUACAAGUGAAUUCCAAAAUCGUUUCCAGAACGUAAAGAGCACUCACACUAAUGAAGUUCUGAAUUUUAGAAAAGAGGAUGUGUUGAAUAAUAAAAGCUCAUUUGGAAGUUAAGCUUUGGAGUUGAUCAACUGCAAAACAGAAAGACAUUCGCCAAGAUUAUUUCUAUAUUUCGUUGCAUCUAAUAAACAUGCAGGUAUUUUUACAUUUUGAUACAAGUAAAUGCAUUUCACAUACGCAGGACACAGUAGAAUCGGUAUGUGGGUUUUGGAAUCACUCCUUGUAUGAUACUUCCGGUGGAUGGUCCACUAUCGGCUGUCAGAAAACGGAAGUUAUGGAUGAUGGACGGGUUGUAUGUCAGUGUGACCACCUCACAAAUUUCGCCAUUCUUUUGGAUAUCAAAGGUCAAGGUGAUAUAAUUGACCCAACCAACACCGUAAUCCUUUCUGUCAUCACUAUCAUCGGAUUCAGUCUAUCUAUUAUAGGACUAGGGUUCACAGUAUUGUCAUUUAUCCUUUUCAAGCCGCUACGACAGGGAAGAGGACAACAAACUCUUCUGAACCUCGCUUUAGCCUUACUCUGUUCAAUGAUUAUAUUUUUGGCGGGAAUGGAACGCACGGAGAGUUACUAUGGUUGCAUAGCUGUGGCGGCGCUAAUGCACUACUUCCUGUUGGUAUCCUUCAUGUGGAUGUUAGUUGAGGGUUUUCUUCAGUAUCUAAGAUUUGUACGCGUCUUGGGUACUUACAUACCCAGAUUCAUGCUCAAGGCCUCCAUCCCAGCCUGGGGUUUGCCUCUGCUGCCGGUAAUCAUUGUUCUAGCAGUGGAUUAUGAUUUAUAUAAGGGAGGAAACUAUUAUUGCUGGAUGUCACGAACACCUUUCUAUUUCGCAUUUCUAAUACCCAUGGCUCUGAUCAUUCUUAUAAACUGCAUCAUUUUCUUCAUGGUUUUGAAAACUUUACUUACUCGUUCAAAGACUCUGCAGUCCAAUCAGUCCGAAUCCAAGAGGGCUAUGAUGAAUUUGAGGGCAUCUAUAUCAAUAUUUAUUAUUCUAGGAUUGAGCUGGACAUUUGGUAUAUUGGCUAUAGAGGACGCGAGAGUCGUGUUCAGUUACAUCUUUACCAUUCUAACAACGUUUCAGGGAUUCAUCAUCUUUAUCCUGUUUAUCGCCAGGGGAAAGAAACUGAGAUAUAACUGGAAAAAGUUAUGUUGCAAGAGAUUUGAAGGAAAAGGAAAGAAAUACAAGGUGACCAGCGACUCCUCGGGGAAUGCGGCAUUAAAAUUUAACAAUGCCAGCUAUGACAGCCAUACGGCGUCUACCGAGUUAAAAUAAUAUACAUUUUUUCUUCAUAACAUACGUUUUAUUGUGCGUGUUGGUAAUUUUUUAGCAUCAUAUAUGAAUGUAAAACUCUAAUGAAUUUAAGAUUUUUCUCUGUAAAACGGAAAAACUACAUGUUAAGGGCUUGUUUAUAAGAUCGGAAAACACGUUACCUGUAUUUUGAAUUCUUUCAUGUUGAUAAAAUGUUAUAUUUUC